GAUUAGAAUCAAAGAAAAAAUUUUCUGAUGUAUCUUCUUCCACAUCUUUAAGACAUUCGAUUAAAGUAUAUGAAUUUACUUUAGAUAAUACAAAACAAAGAAUUAUUGAAACACCUGAUGAGGAUCCAGAACCAGUUAUUUCACAACGAAUAGUUUUAGAUACUCUUGUUACAUAUGAUUAUAAAAAGAAAAAAUAUGUACCAAUUCUAACUAAAAAUGGUGAAAUUACUAAAAGAUAUCCAGGAGGAAUAUUUGUACAAUAUUUAUAUG